UUGAUAAAAUUUAAUCAUUUUUUCAACACUGUGCUUGUAGUUAAAAUGUUUAAAAGUUUUAUGAUGUGACAAUGGAAUUAAAUCUAAAUGUUUUUGAUGACUAUACUAAAUCAUCUUUAAUAAAAGAAGGUCUUUUGACAUCAAAAAUUAUAUUUAAUCACACAGAAUUAGAAUUAAGAAAAAAAGCAAAUUUGACAGUUUCUGCUGCUAGAAAAGUAUUUAUUGAAGCUUCUAAAAUAAGUUUAUUACAGCAAAACAUGAAAAUUUCAAACCAAGUUAUCACUACUGGAUGUGAACAAAUUGAUAUAAUGUUGGGAGGUGGUCUUUUCCAGCACGGAAUCACAGAGCUUUCUGGAGAAAGUGGCUGUGGUAAAACACAGUUUUGUUUACAAGCCGCACUUACUAUUCAGUUACCAUCAUCAUUAAAGGGAGCAAAGUCUGGAGCUGUGUAUAUUUGCACAGAAGAUCAUUUUCCUUCAAGUAGAAUACAACAAAUGAUAAAUAAUUUACCAUCUAAAUACCAGAAUAAUAGUAAAAUUGAAAGGUUAGAAGUAUCUCAAGUGGAUUUUGGGGACAACAUUUUAAUCAACCUUGUUACUACAGUUGAAGACUUGAAAAAAUGUAUUUAUAGUAUGCUUCCUAAAGUACUAAAUCAUAAAUCUAUAAAACUCAUUGUUAUUGAUAGUAUUGCUGCUGUUUUUCGUGGAGAGUAUGAAAAGAAUGAAAUGCAUCGUAGAUCAAAAGAUCUAAGAGAUAUUGCGUGUUGGCUGCAUAAAUUAUCAGUAAGAUAUGGAUUAUGGGUUAUUUGUGUGAAUCAGGUAACAUCUUCACUAUCAGAUAUUGGUGGUAAAAAUUUAGUCCCAUCUCUAGGAUUAUCAUGGGCUAAUCUAGUAACCACACGAUUGUUAAUGUCUAAAAUAUUGUCUACUAGAUUUCUAGAAGUGAUAUUUAGUCCUCAUGCUGCAUCCAAACGUAUUCCUUUUAUUGUCACAGAUAGAGGAAUUGAAGCAAGAGAGCAUAUUGAUUCUUAAAAUAUUUCAUUAAAAGUCAAUUAUAAUACUUCAUAUUAAAUAAAAUUUCAAUAAGAUACAAUUUAUUAUGAAAAUACUUUUUAUAUUUUAUAAGAAUAUAUAUGUAAUUAUUAAAUAAUAUUUAUUAAUUUGUU